AUAAUUUGUAAAUAGUUUUAAUUUUGAAAGAAUAAAUGGUUGCAAGUAAUCCUAACACAGAAAAAUAAAACGUGCUCGAAAUUUCGUAAAGUGAUAAAAGUAUGGCACCGCCCCCCAUAGUUACAGGUUUGUCUCCAAAUGAAGGACCUCCAGGGACUAGGAUUAAAAUUAGAGGAGAAAAUUUCGGCGGAAAACCAUCGGAUCUUAUAGGACUAACAAUUUGUGGCAUGGAUUGUCUUUUAACGGCAGAAUGGAAGUCUCCAAAUAAAAUUAUAGCAAUUUCAGGACCUAUAAAAGGUAAAGGGGAUGUUAUAGUAACAACAAAAUAUGGUGGCACCGGUACUUGUAAUGUUACAUUUAAGGGAUACCAUUUAGCUACCAUUGGACCUAUGAAAGAAAGUGCUGUGUGGGUUGAAGAAACUCCUAUGUACUCUUGGGGUCGACAUUCUUUGAGCCCAAGUAGUUUUCAACAAGAAGAUCCUUUAGGAUUGUCAGUGGAAGAAACAGAAAACAAAAUUAGUGAAGAAGACCUUCAAGCCUAUUUUCCAGGUAAAUGUGGAGACAUUGGGAGUCAGAAUUUCUCCCCAGCCUGGUUUCUUUUGGAAAAUCAUCAGGCCACAAGUUUUAAUGACUUAAAAGCAGGUCUAGUAUAUUUAACAAGGAAAGUGCAGAGCCAAAAAGAAGGACAACUUUCGUUUUUAAAAGCAAAUCUGAACAGUGUAAUGGAUCAAAUCGAUACACUCAUUAACUUGAGAGAAAAAUUUGAACAAGAUGCCUCUGUAUUUGGUAGCACUCCAACAAUAAAAUUAGAAAGAGCUAUCAAAGAAUCAGAAAGAGAAGCUCGCAAAUUAUUUGACGAUGUUUUAACCAGAAAAGACAGAGCCGAAAAAACCAGAAACGCAUUAAAUGUCCUUCACAGAUACAAAUUCUUGUUUUGUCUUCCUUGUGUUAUUGAAAGGAAUAUUAAAAAAGGGGAUUAUGACAUAGUCAUAAAUGAUUAUAUGAGAGUUAAAAAUUUGUUUGAUAAAACUGAAGUACCCAUAUUUAGGGAAGCCUUAAAUGAAGUCGAGAAGCGUAUAUUUGAGCUGCAAACAAAGUUACAUAAAGAUUUACAAACCAUGCCAAUAACAGUGGAACAGCAAAAACGUCUUAUAAGACAUUUAGUAAAUCUAGACUGUCCUUUUGAUGCUGCCUGGGAUGCGAUUAAAAGUAGAUGGGAACACAUUAACCAGAAGUUUAAAGAAAUAUACGAUUUCCACAAAUCCACUGAUAAAUCUGAGAAUACUAAGAAACAAAACUCAGCUUCCAAAUACACAAAGUCACAAAUAGAUGUUAACGUAGUACCUGCUUGUGUUAAUUUUACUGAUGAAAUUUGUGCAGUAACUUCGGAAAUUUUUCCUGAUUUUUGGAAGAUAGGACUUGCGUAUUUUUCUGGGGAAUUACAAGUAAAAAUUGAGGCAGGACGACAGGUUGAGUAUAAACACAUGGUAUUAACAGCAAUUGAAUAUUUUUCUAAAUACGUCAGAGCCAGUAUAAUUCCCAAUACUUUGGACAAAUCUGAACGUAUUCAAUAUGGUUCUUUAAGUAGUCUUGAACGCGAUGAAGUUGCUUUAUAUCUUCCCGAACUUCUAAGAUCAGUUCGGUCAACUUAUUCUACAUUAAUUCAAUUGGAUUUACCGAACGAAGCUCUGGAUAUUAUAGCAGGAUUACUAAUAGACUUGCGCAUCCAUUGCAUGAGUAUAUUAUUCCAAAAAACUUGCGAGCAAAUCAAACAGCUUCCGGAAAAUUGGAAGAUCAGUUUCAGUGGAAAACAUACAGGUGUAACGGAUUUACCUUUGGAAUUUUUAAGGUUAAUAGAAGACGUAAUACAGAUAGUUAAGGAAUCGGCUUUAUCGGCCGAACAAAGGGAAAGUUCAUUAUUAGAAAAUCCUUCGGCGCGAAAAGAACUUGAAAAGCAAGUCGAUAAUAUAUUAUCUGCUUUUUACGACGUUUUGAACGAUUUGUCAUCAACAGAAGAUUAUGACGAUUGUAACGAUAGCUCUCCAGUGGUUUCUCAACUUAUUGGUACACCUGUAGGGUCUCAUAAAUCGGGACCUUGUCAUGACAUUCCAGCUUGGGAGAACAGACUUUUAAUAACUUUAUCUAAUUGUAUGUUUACUAAAACUACAGUUUUAGAUCACAUUUGUAAAAAAUUUAAAGAAACUGGUUUCACUUCUAUCGAAACGCCCAUUAAAACAAAUAGAAAUAAUCUAGAAAUGUUGGAAAAAUCCAUUCUAGAUAAAUAUUUGGAGCAAAAAAGUGAUCCCCUUGUAGGUACUAUAGAACCUUCAAUGUAUCUUGGUCGUUUCGAUUGGGAUAUUAAUAUAACUCCUACGGAUAUACGUCCUUAUGCUAAAGAAUGUAUUAAUAAUCUUAUCAAUGUCCAUUUAGAAAUAAUCAACGUAUCUACGAAUCUUUUAGACAUUAUAUUGAUUAAAAUAGUUGAAACAAUAGCAGAAGAACUAUACAGAUUAAUGUCUUGCGUUCAGAAAUUUAGUAAAGAAGGUGCUCAACAAGCUAUGGUAGACCUAGAGGUUUUACAAGAGAUUUUUCAAGAUUAUUUAUCUGAUAACGCCAAAGGACACUUCGAAGAAGCUUUUGCCCACGUUCCCAAAUUAGAAAAAUCAGAUCUAACAUUAGUAGAAGAUAUUUUAAAACAGAGUAGGGUCAAAAUGAAAAAUCAAGUAUUAUGUUUAAGGAAAAUUAAAUAAAAUAUAAUUAUUAAUAUAUCUUUAUAUAUUGGAAACUAUUAUAAUAAAAAUGUG